AUGUUGAUUCAAGCUGUGACUAACCUAGUUGGUCAACCAAGGGGAGCUCGACAAGAAGGGGCUAACACUUUGAGGAUUCAAGAACUCUUGAGGAUGAAUUCCUCAAGCUUCACUGGUUCGAGUACUACUGAGGAUCUGAAGAAAUUUGUGGAAGAGUUGAAGAAGAAGGAGGUUAGAAUUGAUGAUGCACCAUAUCCGGGUUGGGCUUGCUUUGAAGAAGCUUUCUUCGGGCGUUUCUUUCCCCAUAAUUUGAAGGAAGAAAAAGUACGGGAGUUCCUUACUCUGAAACAAGACUCCUUGAAUGUUCACGAAUAUGCAUUUAAGUUCACCCAAUUGUCUCGCUAUGCUAUUGAGAUGGUUAAGGAUAUCAGAAGCCGAAUGAGCUUGUUUGUUGUCAGCUUGGAUCGCGCUCCAAGCAAAGAAGACUUAAACCUGCAUAUUCUUAGGGUAGUCGUGCGUACGGGGGGUAGUAAGCCUCUGACAUGUACCAAGUAUUGCAGAAAUCACUCUGGUAUUUUUCGUGAAAGAUCCAAGGAUUUUUUCAAGUGCGUUCAGAUCGGGCAUUUCAUAAGAGAGUGCCCAAAGAGUGAGAAAAGCGAUGGUAAUGGGGGAAAUAGAGCUAUGUCUUCAUCAGCUGCUCCACCAGAAAGGGCUGUACCUAGGGGAGCUACUUCGGGUGCUGAUGCAGGAACAAACCAUUUGUAUGCCCUUAAUAAUCGCCAAGAACAAGAAAAUUCUCCCAAUGUUGCCACUGUUAUGAUUGGAGUGUUUAACUUUGAUGUUUAUGCAUGUUAA